AUGUUAAGCGAAAAUCAACACAAAUGGACAAGAAAAAGACCAAUCUUUAUCACUUCAAAUUUCAAAAGAAGGAAAAAAGAAAUCGACAUCGUGUCCUUGGAAGAGGAUUUGAGGAUCAUCGGGCCGGGCUUCAGCUUGUGGGCGGUCUUUGGCUUGUUGCCGUCCCUCGCCGGCCGCUGGCUCCGACCUUCCCCGCGGUUUGAGGAGGAUUUGAGGGCCAUGGGGCCGGGCUGCAGCCUUCGACUUCUUGUCGCCCCUGGUCGGCCACUGGCUCCGGCCUUCCCUGCCAUUGGCGCGCUUGGAGAAGGAUUUGAGGGUCAUCGGGUCGGGCUGCAGCUUGUGGGCCGAGUGGAGUCCAGAUCUGCGUUGGAAUCUGCCCAAUUUCGAGCCGAGGUACAAUCGGAGCGCCCAUAUGGCCCUCUGAGAAAACCCACCCCCAAAAUCAAGAAAGAUUUGUCUAAGAAAUUUCAGAAGGGCAAGACGAAGAAGAAGAAGAAGAAUAAGAAAAGCAAGAGCAGCAAUGGAGGCGGUAACAAGACUACAACUCAGGUGGAUAAUACAACUUUUGACAUUGAAUGGUGGGAAAUUUUCUUGAACAAGAACUCCCCUGAAUUGGGCAUUCAAGCACUUCUUCCGGGUGUCGAAGAAGACAUUCGAGUACAACCUCAGAUUUGUGUUUCUUCCAGAGUUUGCGCCGCUGCACCAGCUCCUUUCUCUCACAUCCCCUCGCCCACGUCCAAAGACGAAGGCAAGGAAUUCAGGCACCAGACUGGGACAACGUGGGCCAAGGCGACAUUCCUUGACCGGCUUUGGGACGUCGACGACGUCAUUCAGAGGACGACGACCUUAGGGCUAUCACCAGUUACGACACGGCUGUGUGUUGAGGGUUACCGCCGGUGUUCGAACGAUAAUCUGACGAGGACUACUGCAAAUCAAAGUUGUGAGAUCUUAGUCGAGAUUCUGCAAGCUUUGAACGACUCCAGCCACGGUAUCAAAGAUUGGGAUAAAAGUCUCGUCAGCCCUUGUUUCACUUGGUCCCAUAUAGUUCUUUUCAUUCUCCACGCCGCGACGAUGCCAGCGCCGUGCCUUCUUUUUCUCUCCACGCCGCUACGACCUCCAGCGCCGCGCCACGUCCACCUUCCACGCCGUGAGACCCUUAACAGGUGUACAGAGAAGUCGAGCUUCUUCAUAUGCCACGCCGCGACAAGCCUAGCGUCGCGGCGAUUCAACCCCUUCACGCCGUGA